AUGGCCGCGGCCGCGGCGGGUGGAGCCCCGGGCCCAACUCCGGGCCCGGCCCCCGGCCCCGGCGCCGGCCCCGCCAGGGCCCCGCCGCCCGCCGGCCCCGGCCCCGCCGCCAGGGCCCCGCCACAGGCGCUCCGGAGGCGCGGGGACUCGCGGCGCCGCCAGGCCGCCCUCUUCUUCCUCAACAACAUCUCCCUGGACGGCCGCCCCCCGAGCCUGGGCCCGGGCGGGGAGAAGCCCCCGCCGCCGCCGCCCGCCGAAGCCCGCGAGCCGCCCGCGCCGCCGCCGCCCGCGCCCCCCGCCGGCCUGCCCGGGCUGCCGGGUCCCGCGGGCAGGGCGUCGGCGCCCCAGGGCCUGCUCAGCCCGGCGCCCGGCCCCGCGUCCGCCAGCCUGGGCCUCGGCCUGGGACUCGGGCUGGACGGGCAACGCCAGAGACGCCGAGUCGCCUCCCAGCGCUGUUCUCUCGAGUUCCUGGAAGACGCUGUGGGAUGUGCCUCGGUUCAAAGAACCAAGCACAUAUCCGGAUCCCCGAGACACAAAGGCUUGAAGAAGACCCACUUCAUCAAGAACAUGAGGCAGUAUGACACCAGGAACAGCAGGAUCGUGCUCAUCUGUGCCAAGCGGUCCCUAUGUGCGGCCUUCUCGGUCCUGCCCUACGGAGAAGGCCUGCGGCUCAGUGACCUGAGGGUGGACAGCCAGAAGCAGAGGCACCCGUCGGGCGGCGUCUCCGUGUCUUCUGAGAUGGUCUUUGAGUUGGAGGGCGUUGAGCUGGGAGCAGAUGGGAAGGUGGUGUCUUAUGCCAAGUUCUUGUACCCUACCAACGCCCUGGUCACACACAAGACAGACAGCCACGGCCCGCCGCCCCAGUCCCGGCCCAGCGCCCCCCGCGCUCUCCCAGGCUCAAGAUACAAACCGGCCCCGACCAAGUCAGCGCCAGCUGGCACGGAACUAGGCGGCGAUGCCGGGGACGUGCUGGAAUACAAUCCCAAUCUGCUGGACGACCCGCAGUGGCCCUGCGGCAAGCACAAGAGGGUCCUCAUCUUCGCCUCCUACAUGACCACGGUGAUCGAGUACGUGAAGCCCUCUGACCUCAAGAAGGACAUGAAUGAGACCUUCCGAGAGAAGUUCCCGCACAUCAAACUGACCCUGAGCAAGAUCCGGAGCUUGAAGCGCGAGAUGCGGAACCUUUCUGAGGAGUGCAGCCUGGAGCCCGUGACCGUGUCCAUGGCGUACGUGUACUUCGAGAAGCUGGUCCUGCAGGGCAAACUCAACAAGCAGAACCGCAAGCUGUGUGCCGGCGCGUGCGUGCUGCUCGCCGCCAAGAUCAGCAGCGACCUGCGCAGGGGCGAGGUGAAGCAGCUCAUCGAUAAGCUGGAAGAAAGGUUCCGAUUCAACAGACGGGAUCUGAUUGGGUUCGAGUUCACGGUGCUGGUGGCCUUGGAACUCGCACUCUACCUUCCCGAGAGCCAGGUGUUACCUCAUUACCGACGCCUCACGCAGCAGUUCUAGUCAAGGCCGGCCCCGCUGCCCACCCAGCCCCGGUGCAGGCGCCCGCGUGGGCCCAGGAGGUGUUUGCAGGCACCGCACGCCCACCGGGCCCCACUUUGGCACCCAGCUGGGGCACCCGCCUGGCGGGGACUUGCUGCCCUCUGUGACUGAUGCCACUGUCUCCACACCCUCGCAGCCUUGCAGGGGCACUAUUUCUGUUCCAAAGCACACUGUGUCCGUGUAUGCCUGAGAGCCUGUCUGUGUGUCCGCAGGAACAAGAUGGGAGGUUUUGUGUUCUUUGCCACGUGCCUGAGAGUGGGCUGCAUGGGGACCCUGGCUUACCGAACGGCCAGCCCAGCUCCGCG